CGGAAGCCUAGAAAGGUCAAAGCAAACUCUGGAGAGUUUCCCACGUUUUAAAGUCCCACGGAGGCCUAGAAGAACUCGAAAGGGGUCGACGGCGGCGCAGGAGUAGAGAGGAACCGCAAGAUAUUGACAUGAAGAAAGACAUCGAGACUCUAAUAGCAGAGGAACGAGCUGAUAUCAUCUUGAAAUAUGCUGCGGGGAGGCAGGGGGGGGUGGAGGUCGACCCCUGGGAAGAUGCAGACUACAGCAUCUACAAAGUCAUGGACCGCUUCGGCUUCAUGCACGAGGACGAACUGCCGGCCCCGACUGCAGAUGAGGAAAAGAGGAAGCAGCUGGAGGUGGAGAGGGCUGAGAAGUGGCUGAAGAUGGCCAAGAAGUGGGACAAAUACAAGCACAGUGACAGGAUGGUGAAACGGGUCUACAAGGGCAUUCCCCUGCAGCUCCGAGGCCGGGCCUGGGCUCUGGUGCUGGACGUGGAGAGGGCGAAGAGGGAGAACGAGGGCAAGUACGAGAGGAUGAAGGAUCAGGCCCGUCUCUACUCAACUGAGAUCAAACAAAUCGACCUGGACAUCAACCGGACCUUCAGGAACCACGUCAUGUUCAUGGAUCGCUUUGGAGUCAAGCAGCAGUCUUUGUUCCAUGUUCUCUCUGCAUAUUCAGUCUACAACACGGCUGCAGCCUCGUGCUGCAGGGACUGGACAUGUGUUGUUUGUGCCGGCUGCCUGCAGGAGGUGAGCUACUGCCAGGGGAUGAGUCAGAUCGCCGCCCUGCUUCUCAUGUACAUGAACGAGGAGGAUGCCUUCUGGGCGCUGUCGCAGCUGCUAACCAAUCAGAAGCACGGCAUGCACGGAUUCUUUGUUCCCGGGUUCCCCAAACUUCAGCGAUUCCAGCUUCACCACGAUCAGAUCGUCUCCAAACUCAUCCCCAAGCUGAAGAAACAUCUGGACAGAGAGCAAAUGUCUGCAGGGAUUUACUGCACUAAAUGGUUCCUCCAGUGUUUCAUUGACAGGACGCCGUUCACGCUGACGCUCCGGCUGUGGGACAUCUUCAUCCUGGAGGGGGAGAGGCUCCUCACCGCCAUGUCGUACACCAUCCUGAAGAUACACAAGAAGCGGCUGUUGAAGAUGUCUCUGGAGGACCUCAGAGAGUUCCUCCAGGAGCGGAUCGCUCACACUUUGUUCUACAGCGACGAUGUCGUCAUCGAGCAGCUUCAGGCCUCCAUGGCUGAACUGAGGAAGAUGAAGCUGGACCUUCCUCCCCCAGGGAGGCCUGACGAGCUGCCUCCUCUGGCUCCGCCCCCCCCACCCGAACCGAGCCCCCGCGUCGUCCCCCAGGCGCCCGGCUCCACACCCCCGGACCAGAGCCCCUCCAAGGAGCCCCGGGACAUCGGCGCGGGGGACGAGGACCCGAUCGUCAUCCACGGCCGGACCCCGGCGACCCCCGACGGCGCCCCUCUGACGGGGCCUCCGCCCUACCGGCACCCGGGGAGGGAAGCUGCUGAAAGGCCGGCUGCUGGAGCGGGCCUCGGCUCUGCACGCCCACGGGGACCAGGACCAGGACCUGGACCACAGCGAAGCCUCAGAGGGAACGCUGACUACAUAUUUCACAAACGAAGCGGUGAUGUUUUGAUGAAGGACCUUCGUGGGGGAGUCAGCUGGUUCAUGACCAGUGAUCAUCUCAUCUUACUUAUAAUUAAUAAGCAAUAAUUAAUACUAAAUAUGUUGCCGCUUUCACAACAAACACCCAUUUUGGUUCUGAUUUCUUCUGGUUUAAAAUGUCUAACUGGCCUCAUCAGGUCCUGAUGAGACUCACGUGGUCUCAUUAAACUGGGACUCAAACCAGUGCGCCGCCUCCAUCGUGGAGAUGAAAUAAAGAAAUCACACUUCCUUCUCUA